GUCCUCAGAGAGGCUCUCACUCCACCUGCUUUAGCCGAAAAAGGCACCUUGGUUUGGGGCAAGACCCAGUCCAGCACAGAGCCUCCAACCUCCAGGGCAACAUCAGGUCAUCACUUUUUCAAAUCUCAAAAGGAAUUUUCUACCAAAAGCAACUGGGGCAAGGAUAAGGUGGAGAAGUAUUCUUUGGACGAUCUUUCUGUUUCUUAAUCUUGGCUGGAAUAACAUUUCUUCAAAAACUCCAUCAUUCAUUUUUUUCUUUGUGCAACCUUUUUUCCUAAUUGGAAAAGUGCAGAAGUGUGACCUCUCCCAGACGUCUGCUUUCUUAUGGAAAAUUCACUCGAGAAGGCCUUCAAUUAGACACAUCAGUCCAGUGAUGGCUGGGUAUUGUGCAAUGUCUGAGCCAGUGUUAGGCUAGCACCCCCUGAAGGACAACCAGAGUGGCUUUAAAAAACAUCUAUUUCUCUUGCUGGCUCACUACACAGGCUAACCACACCGUUCCCACCACCCAAACAUACCAACACACACUCCAUUUCCACCUCGUUUCCUGAGUCAUAACAGGAGAAAACCAAAAUGGCCACCCACAGAGACUCUAGCUUCCUCUGGCAGUCGCACCAUCCACGAUGGCAUCCAGAACCCUCUGCAAAACAGAGGAAACGAAGGAAAGCAAGUAGCCACCAGGACUUACACAGUGACACCUCUAUGCCCUCCAACCGGGUACUGCGGGGUCAUGGCUUAUGGGGCAAUUGGCUCCUCCUGCCUCUGUUCAUGAUCUCUUACUUGCCCUGUGAGGCCUGGGGCGCCACUUUCAAGAUUGCCAUCAUAGGACCCUGGACAUGCGACCCCUUGUACUCCAAAGCUCUGCCUGACCUGGCCGCUCGACUUGCCGUUAACCGCAUCAACAAGGACCCCUACCUUAACAAAGGCUACUGGUAUGACUACACGAUCAUCAACGAGGACUGCCAGACAUCCCGGGCCCUGAAGCGAUUCAUUGAGUUGGAGGGCUACGGCUCUGCCUUCCUGGGGCCAGCCAACCCGGGCUACUGCUCCUCCGCUUCCCUGUUGGCCAAGAACUGGAAUGUAGGCCUCUUGUCCUGGGCAUGCCUGAAGACUAACAUGGAGGACGGCACGUACCCUACAUUUGCACGUCCGCUGCCGCUCUCAUCCCGUGUGUUGUUCGCCGUCCUGCGAUACUUCCGUUGGGCCCAUGUGGCUGUUAUUUCUGAGGAGAGUGACAUCUGGGAGGCAACCGGACAGGAGGUGGCCUCGUCGCUCCGCAGCCUAGGCCUACCUGUCAGCACUGUGGUUACCAUGGAAACAGACAAGGAUGGGCCCAGGAAGGCGUUGCAGAAAGUACGAGAUGCAGACCGUGUACGAGUGGUCAUCAUGUGUAUGCACUCUGUCCUCAUGGGUGGAGAAGCUCAGUAUAAGCUGUUGACCACAGCGACGCACAUGCGCAUGAUCGACCGUGGCUACGUCUUCAUUCCCUAUGACACGCUACUCUAUGCGCUGCCAUAUAAAAAUGUGAGCUAUCCCAUGCUGGCCAAUGACACCAAGCUAAGGCGGGCAUACGAUGGGGUGCUUACCAUCACAGUGGACCAAGGAGAGCAGAACUUCUACGAGGCCUUCAGAGAAGCUCAGGACAGUUACGAGAUCCGCAGUAGUGCCUCACCUGAACAGGUCUCACCAUUCUUUGGCACCCUCUACAACAUGCUGUACUACACGGCGAUGGCGGUGGAGCACAGCCGGGCCACUGGUGGGGGCCGCUGGGUAACCGGAGACAUUCUGGCUCAGAACGAGGGCAACUUUGAAUUCAGUGGCUUCAACCAGCCUGUGUUGGCGGGCAAAGAGGGUGAGGGCAUGCAGGUCCGGUAUGUGGUGCUGGACACUGACGGCGUGGGCUCCAGCCUGCACCGCACACAUGUCCUGGAGGCGGCACACACCUUUGGCAAGUUCGGGGCACUCAAGUACAUGGGCAAGUCCAUUCACUUCGCUGGAGCCUCGCCCAGCACUGACCCCAACUGCUGGUUCAGCCGAUACAUUGCCUGCAGUGGUGGUAUGGAUGGAGUGACCUUCUUCUUCCUUGUCCUACUCUUUGGUGCUUUAAUAGCUGCAAGUGUUUUCCUCUACCAUAUGAAAGGAAGUGGUCGAGUGAGUAUUUUACAAGCGUUUGGAGGAGGAGGAGGAGGAGGAGGAGGGAUCGGAGCCCCCACUAAGAUAGUGCUCACAUUGGAUGACCUGGUCUUUAUCAACACACAACUCAGCAAGAAGAAGCUGAACGAAGACAGCUUAGUAAAGAGUCAGUUAGAUGUGAAGACCCCUCGCCACUCAGUGUCUGGACGCAGCUACAUCACCUCCACGCCUGAAAGCUCCAACGUUGCUGUGUUUGAGGGUGACUGGGUGUGGCUGAAGAAAUGCCCUAAUGGAGGAUCUGUUUUAGAUAUCAGUGACAAAACACAGAAGAGCUUCAUUAAGCUGAGGGACAUGCGCCAGGAGAACCUGAACCUGUUUCUGGGUCUGUUCCUCGACUCUGGAAUUUUCGGGGUAGUGACGGAACACUGCUCUCGGGGCAGCCUGGAGGACCUGCUCAGUAACGAGGACAUGAGACUGGACUGGAUGUUCAAAUCCUCUCUGCUCAUGGACCUGAUCAGGGGAAUGAAGUACCUGCACCAUCGGGCCAUCAUUCAUGGCCGUCUGAAAUCUCGGAACUGUGUGGUGGAUGGUCGGUUUGUUCUGAAAGUGACGGAUUAUGGCUUGAAUGAAAUCAUGAACUCCCAGAACAUCCUCUCUCUGGAUGACAGCACACCAGAGGACCAGUUGUGGACGGCUCCAGAGCUGCUGCGCAGUGUGAAGCUGAGGAGGACAGGCACGUACCAGGGAGACGUCUACAGCUUCUCCAUCAUCAUGCAGGAAGUCAUCUCCCGCAGCACUCCUUUCUGCAUGCUGGACAUGCCUCCACAAGAGAUUGUAGAUAAGGUGCGCUCUCCUCCUCCUCUGUGCCGACCAAGUGUAUCAGUGGAUGAGGCUCCACUAGAAGUGAUCCAGUUAAUGAAGCAGUCCUGGAGUGAAGACCCUGACCUCAGGCCCACAUUUGAGGAGAUUUUUAGACAGUUUAAGACCAUAAGUAAAGGAAAAAAGACAAACAUCAUAGACUCCAUGCUGCGCAUGCUGGAGCAGUACUCCACUAACCUGGAGGAUCUGAUCCGAGAGAGGACGGAAGAGUUGGAAGUGGAGAGGCAGAAAACUGAUGCCCUGGUGGCCCAGAUGCUGCCCAAGUCAGUGGCUCUGGCUCUAAAGACAGGCAAGCCUGUGGUGCCGGAGCAUUUCUCUGAGGCCACGCUUUACUUUAGUGACAUCGUGGGCUUUACCACCAUUUCAGCCCUGAGUGAUCCUAUCGAAGUAGUGGACCUGCUCAAUGACCUCUACACACUGUUCGACUCCAUCAUUGGCAUGCACGACGUCUACAAGGUGGAGACCAUUGGUGAUGCGUACAUGGUCGCCUCUGGAGUCCCCAGCCGCAAUGGCAACCGGCACGCUGCGGAGAUGGCCAACAUGUCUCUGGACAUCUUGUCCUGCAUCGGGACAUUCAGGAUGAGACACAUGCCCACCGUUAAAGUCAGAAUCCGCAUCGGACUCCACUCCGGUCCAGUAGUAGCUGGAGUGGUGGGCUUGACUAUGCCUCGGUAUUGUCUGUUUGGGGACACAGUAAACACAGCAUCUCGAAUGGAAUCUACAGGGUUGUCUUACAGAAUACAUGUCAACAUCAGCACAGUCCAGAUUCUCCGAGAUCUAAAGCUUGGAUAUAAAAUAGACUCAAGGGGCAAGACGGAACUUAAGGGUAAGGGAGUAGAGGAGACAUUCUGGUUGGUCGGUAAAGACGGAUUUAAUAAGCCUCUGCCUAUCCCCCCAGACCUUACAGCAGGGGCAAGUAACCACGGAAUCAGCCUGGAGGAAAUUCCCGAAGACAGAAAGCAGAAGUUCCUGGACCGGCAAAAGAGGAUGGGUUAAAAGUAAAACUUUAGGUGGUGAUGCCCACAUUCCCCCACUGGCCUCUAUCAGACUGUCAGCAGUCAGUGAACGAUUUAGGGCAAUUUAGAGAGUGUUGAGAGGUAAGACGGGUGGCCUUAGAGGUAUUUUUACCAAUACCUCUACUAUCCUCAACAUCCUCCUCAAAAAUGUGCAAAAAGGAGUUAAGGGUUCACCUCACAAGGUCAUCAAGAUCCUCCUUCAGUGUCUGAGCAAGUCUCUCAGUGUGAACCAGCCGCAGUCUGCCAUGGAUGACCACCACAGACGUUACACACCGGCUAGAGAUUAUACUGCAACGUAGCCAAUAUGAUAUUUAACACCUGUCAAAUACUCUUAAACCCUACCUAACGCUGUAGUCAGUGUUUAAAGUCAGAGUCAAGAGGACGAAGGAAACAGAAAGAUUCGAUCCUGUUUACUUGCAAAAUACAACAUGCAGUUUGCCAUGGAGGUUUAUUCGCUCUGUAGAUGUUUAAAGUCUCUUUUUGUAAAAAAAAUGAUAAUAAUAAUAAAGACAAGCAAAAAAAAUACAGAUAACCAACAGAAAAUAAUAAAAAGGUGCUUAUUUGUUAGGCAUCCACAACUCAUUAUGUAUAAUUAUGAUUCCCAAAGGAUUUAAUACAAAUAUUACAGCUACUGAAAAACAUAUUUAAAUGGUUCUUUAAAUCACUUAGAAUAAAAAAAAAAUAGUAGGAGUUUCUCUCAUUCGUACUCGUUUUCUAAAUGUUUUGUUCUUUAUGGAGAUUUAGCAUUACACAGUCUGGCUGAAGUCCUCCGGCUGGAGCUAGGUUUGGUCACCUAUGUUCUGGAUAACAUACAUUUGUCAGAAGACCAAGCAAGCAAGGAAAGAUUCAGGUUCUUCUUUUAGCUCUCUAAAUGCUGCUUUAGUGCUGGGACAUGCAGCACACUAUCCAAAAAUGACUCUUUGUCAUUUUGCCCAGUAAAAUUACAGUCUCGUUGUAUUGCUGAAGAAAAUCCAGUGUUGUUUGAUGGGUUCACCGAAGAUGUUUUUAUUGACUAACCAUGUUUUUUUAAGACAAUGUAUGUAAACGAACUGCGACGUAGUCACUUUUUCUUAUCAUGAGGAAAGAACCACUGUAUUGUACAUCCCCUCUACAAUGAUGAGGCACAAUAUGGGUUCAAAGGAGCUGGUGAAACUAUACAGGCAGCAUCUCCUGCCACCUGUCUGUGCUCCUGUGCAGUGACGUACACUCACUAAUCCUUCAGGUCCUUGAGCAGGCAUUGUUUUGUAUUACAAAAAACUGAGCUAUGUUGCUGUAGAAUAUAGCUGCUGUUCAAACUGUACACCUGAUGCAAUUGUGUAAAUAAAAUGGGUUUUAGUGAAGUAGA